AUGGAUAUUGGAAACAGCUCCCUAGUCACUGAGUUUAUCCUUGUGGGUUUAUCUAAGUAUUCGGAGAUCCAGCUGCCCCUGUUCUUCCUUUUCAUGGGAAUUUACAUUGUUACUGUGGCAGGAAACCUGGGCUUGGUCACUCUAAUUAGACUGAAUUCUCAUCUUCACACUCCCAUGUACUACUUCCUUUUUAAUUUAUCCUUUAUAGAUCUCUGUUACUCUUCUGCCAUCACCCCAAAAAUGUUGGUAAACUUUGUGUCAAAGAUGAACACCAUCUCCUAUGCAGGAUGCAUGACUCAGCUCUUCUUCUACUGCUUCUUUGUCAAUGCAGAGUGCUAUGUGUUGACAGUGAUGGCCUAUGAUCGCUAUGUGGCCAUUUGCAAGCCCCUGCUGUACACAGUCAUCAUGUCCCCUAAGGCCUGUUCUCUGCUGCCUGUGAUUGUAUAUAUGGGGGCAUUUAUAGCUUCCUCAGCCCACACAGGAUGCAUGCUGAGGUUGACCUUCUGUGAUGCCAACACCAUCAACCACUACAUGUGUGACAUUCUCCCUCUUCUGGAGCUCUCCUGUACCAGCACUCACAUCAAUGAAUUGGUAGUUCUCAUUGUUGUGGGCUUUGAUGUUGGUGUGACUGGUCUCAUCGUCAUCAUUUCCUAUGCUUUCAUCAUCUCUAGCAUCCUCCGCAUCCAUUCUGCUGAAGGAAGAUCCAAAGCCUUCAGCACUUGUAGCUCACAUGUCAUUGUUGUUUUUGUUUUCUUUGGCUCAGGGGCAUUCAUGUACCUCCAUCCUUCCUCUGUUUUGUCCAUGGACCAGGGGAAAGUGUCCACCGUGUUCUAUACCAUUGUGGUGCCCAUGCUCAAUCCUCUGAUCUACAGCUUCAGAAACAAAGAGGUUAAAGUUGCCCUAAAAAAAAGCUUGAGUAGAAAAAUAUUUUCCUGA